AUGGGAAAAAAGAGAAAGGCAUCCCCCCCCUCUGGGGGCAGCGGCCCAAAAGACUUCGACCCCACCGAUGCACGACUGGGACCCGUCACCACCUACGAGGACCUUGCUGAUUCCGAGGAGGAGUACUUCAUAAACAAAGACAAGAUACUGCUAGAAGACGAGCCCCGAUCCAAGCGUUUGAAGAGACAACAAGAGGAAGACGACUUCCUUGAGCCGUCCGACGAGGAGAUCCUCGACUUCGAUGAUCAGUCCGAGGAAGGGGAGGACAGCGAUGAUGAGCCGGAAUUGCAGAAGGGCAAGGCGGCUAAGAAAGUUGUAGAAGACUCGGAAGACGAACAAGAAGUGAACGAAGAAGGAGACGCCAGCUGGUGGGGAGACUCGAAGCAAGAAUACUACAAUGCCGAUAACAUCGAGACUGAAGCGGAUGCGCUCGAGGAGGAGGCUGAGGCACGCAGGUUGCAGCAGAAGAAGCUAUCUAAGAUGUCUGAGGCUGAUUUCAUCUUUGAUGAGGACGAAUGGCUGGCUCCGGAUGCUGAGGCCGAGGGCGGCGAGGUCGUGACAGAGGUUCUCAAGGAUCUUGAGAUUACAGACGACAUGGGCCCUGAAGAACGUCUACGGAUCCUGCAAGCACGUUACCCUGAGUUUGAAUAUCUGGUUGAUGAGUUUCAAACACUGCAGCCUCAGUUGGCUGCCUGCCAGAAGGAAGCCGAGGGCAAGCCGAGCAAGUCUCUGGAGGUUGUAAGACACUGGGUGCUGGGAAGCUACAUUGCAGCACUUGCUAGCUACUUCGCUAUCCUGACAUCUCCUGCCCGGGAUGCUGAUAACACGCAGAAGCCACUCGAUCCUGCUGAGCUCAGGGACCACGAGAUUAUGGAGACUCUCGUUGGCUGCCGUGAGGCAUGGCAGAAGGUGAAGAGUCUCAAGCCGUCAAGGACCUCAGUUGCAGCGCUUCCUUCGCCCCCUGAAGAUGAAUCGGACGCUUUUGAGCAGUCGCUGGUCACAAAGAAAGCCGGCAAGAUAUCCAAGGAUCUGGGCAUUAAUGGCGCUGAGAAGAAGAAGAAGAAGGCAGACAAGGAGAAGCGAGCCAAGGCGAAGGAGAUAGAGGAGUCUCUCGCAGAUCUAUCUGCUCUGCUUGACACCUCCAAGAAAUCCAAGAAAGUCAAGUUUGCUACUUCGACGACCGCACAGGCUGAUGAUGAUCGUUCCGAUUUCGGCGAGGAAGAUAUCAUUGAUGCUAGGACAGCAGCUGACAAGGUGGCCAAGAAGAAGAGUUUGCGGUUCUAUACCUCGCAGAUCGUUCAGAAGGCAAAUCGCCGGUCAGAUGCUGGACGGGAAGCCGGUGGUGAUGUGGAUAUACCGUACAGAGAGCGUCUCAGGGACCGCCAAGCCCGACUGAACGCGGAGGCUGAGCGACGAGGUCAGAAGGACUCCAAGCAUGGCACUGCUCUGGGCGAGGACAGCGGCGGUGAGGAUGACGAUGUCGCAAACCGCCUGCGGGAUGAUGAGGAUGAGUAUUAUGAUAUGGUCGCCGCCAGAUCUCAAAGGAAGAAGGAUGACAAGGCCGCCAAAUAUGAGGCUCUCGCCGCUGCCAGCAAGGCAGAUAGGGUGAUCGAGCGGGAGGAGGUUGGCGAGGACGGCAAGCGGAAGAUCACAUAUGCCAUUCAGAAGAACAAGGGUUUGACGCCACACAGGAAGAAGGACGUCAGAAACCCAAGAGUCAAGAAGAGGAAGGCGUACAUGGCCAAGCAGCAGAAGCUUGGAAGCAUGCGUGCUGUCUACAAGGGAGGUGAAGGCAAGGGUGGUUACCAAGGCGAGUUGACAGGUAUCAAGUCGGGUUUGGUCAAGAGUGUCAAGCUGUGA